AUGAGUCACUUUUCAGCUGUGGACUUUUUCAAUCGUAUAAAUUUGAUGUAUGGUACAGUUUCGGAUGUGUGCACUAAGGAAUCCUGCCCGACAAUGUCUGGAGGAUCGAAAUAUGAAUAUUUGUGGCAAGACGGUGCAGAGUACAAAAAACCGACUCGAUUGUCUGCACCUGAUUAUAUGGUAUUGCUGAUGGAUUGGAUUGAACUUAGAAUCAACGAUGAAGCUAUUUUUCCGACAUCUACCAACGUACCGUUUCCGAAAGAUUUUCCGUCAAGUCUGCAAGAAGAUACUCACGCGUCUCUUCCGCGUUUUUCGUUCCACGGUUAUACACCUUCAAUCACUCUUCGACCACGCUUUAGUCCAAACGAUUGGUGCGGAGCCGCACGUUAA